GACAGAAACGCACAACGCUGCAGAGAAAGCAAAGAUGCUGUCAAACGCAGGUUACAAGCUCUGAGCAAACAAAUAUAUAGACAGUUGAGACUAGAAGAAGCCGGUCAACAGUGUCCUUGCUGGACAUAGGUGCAUCGUAAAUAGAUUUCACCGAGCUCCAGCACGAUGCUGUUGACUAGCUGCGCCUUGUUCCUAGCGAUCAUCUACUCUGGUGUGGAGUGGACAAGGGCUGAGGGCUGUGCAGGUGCAGGAUGUGGAGGAAAGUGUGACUGCAGCGGUGUGAAAGGAGAAAAGGGUGAGAGGGGAUUUCCUGGCCUGCAGGGCAACAUGGGGUUUCCUGGAAUGCAAGGACACGAGGGCCCAACGGGGCCGAUGGGGCCCAAGGGCGAUUACGGCAUGCCUGGAGCUCCUGGAAUGAAAGGCAUACGUGGUCCUCCGGGGUUACCUGGAUUCCCAGGAAAUCCAGGCAUUCCGGGAAUCCCAGGACAGGAUGGCCCUCCUGGUUCACCAGGAAUCCCAGGAUGCGACGGGAAAAAGGGAGAGCGGGGCACUGACGGACUCCCGGGCGUAUCAGGACUGCCAGGUCCACCUGGUACCCCUGGUGACCCAGGAAUGAAGGGUGAUGCAGGUGGUGUCAUUGAGGGUUUUAUUCCAGAGAAAGGCGAAAAAGGGCUUGCUGGGUUUCCAGGUUCGCAGGGGCCCCCAGGACCUGCGGGAGGUUCAGGGCCAGUUGGACCCACUGGCCCUCAGGGACCCAGAGGUUAUCCAGGUCCACCUGGGCCACCUGGACCAAAGGGUGACAGGCUGACUUUCCUGGGUGAAAAGGGAGAAAAGGGAGGUCCAGGUAGUCCCCGGCCACCAGGACGCCCUUCUCACGAAUCUGGGCACCCCCCCGUUACCCAUAUCGAACAAGGACCUCAGGGUGAAAAAGGUACACCUGGUGACAAAGGAGAAAAGGGCUACUGUCAGCCAUACCACAGCGGGGUCAAAGGUGAACAAGGUCCCCCCGGCCCCAGGGGUAAACCAGGCAAGGAUGGAGAACCUGGCAGCAAAGGGGAGAGAGGUUAUCUUGGAGCACCUGGAUACAGUGGACAGCCGGGCGAAAAAGGCGACAGGGGACCCCCUGGAAACGCUGGUGGCCCCCCCGGACCGCCCGGGCACUCUGGUUCUCCUGGAAUAAAAGGAGAACGAGGUUUUCCUGGUAGUCACGGAGACUCAGGUCUACCAGGCAGGAAUGUGGAGGGUCCCAAAGGAGAGACAGGGUACCCCGGAGAAUCAGGGCAGAAGGGAGAGCAGGGGCCGCCUGGCCAGUCUCUUUCAGGCCCAAGCGGCGAAGACGGACGCCCUGGAUCACCCGGACCCCCAGGACCCCCAGGAGACGGAGACUGCACUAUGGAGCGAGGGUUCCCCGGAUACCCCGGGCCCCCUGGACUCAACGGCGAACUGGGACAAAAGGGUGAGAAAGGGGACACCUGCCUGCACUGUGAGACCGCUGGGGUCCGUGGAUUACCUGGCGCCCAGGGCCCCCCCGGGAGACAAGGUUUCCCCGGAGCCGCCGGGCGAAAGGGAGAGAAGGGCUCACCUGGACUUGCUGGUGCUCCUGGGAACCAGGGUACGCCUGGCAACCCAGGGCUGAUGGGGGCCCCCGGUGCCCACGGUGCGCCGGGCGACAUCCACGUGGCACCGGGACUGAAGGGGGAGAAGGGCGUGCCUGGCACCCACGGCCAAAAUGGGCUGCCAGGUGUGGAUGGGCUCCCCGGCAGAGAUGGGUUAUCGGGCCAGCCCGGACCCAAGGGAGAGCCGGCAACUGUGGGUAUCAAAGGAGACCGGGGUCUAGAUGGGGACCCUGGUUUGAUCGGCACUCCAGGAGAAAGGGGUCCUCCAGGUAUCCCUGGUUACGGGCAACCAGGAGAGCCUGGUGAGAAGGGCAGUCACGGGGCACCAGGACGUCCUGGAGCUCCAGGCUCUGUAGGACCCAAAGGCGAACCGGGGAAAGGUGUGAGCUCGCCUGGGCCACAGGGGACUCCUGGACCUCGGGGUGAGACGGGGAGAACGGGACUCCAAGGUGACCGAGGUCCCCACGGUGAUCCCGGGGCACCAGGUUCCCCCGGACGGAAAGGUGACCCAGGCCUCCCAGGAAUCGGACUUCCUGGCUUACCUGGACCCAAAGGGUAUACGGGUAUGUCAGGGGCUCCGGGAGUGCCCGGAGAGCCAGGUCGUCCCGGGCAGAAUGGGUUUGAUGGACGUCCCGGUAAAAAUGGACAAAAGGGUGAACCGGGACGAGGCUUGCCAGGGCCCAAAGGCUACAUGGGACCCCAGGGGGUCACCGGUUUCCCAGGAGAGAAGGGGAGCAUCGGGCUUCCUGGAAUCCCAGGACAAGAGGGGCAGACAGGACCUCCCGGAGCUCAAGGAAUCAAAGGUGAACCUGGACCUACUGGAAGACAUGGAGUAGAGGGCCCCCCAGGUCCCCCGGGACUGGGCGAGCAGGGGUUACCUGGACCUAUGGGUCCUCCGGGCUUGCCUGGCCCCUUCGGGCGUGGCGGAGUGAAGGGAGAUAAGGGGUACCCCGGUCCCGCCGGUUUGGACAUGCCUGGGCCUCAAGGGGAGAAGGGUACCCCAGGGUUUCAGGGGGUCCCAGGAUCAAAGGGGUUGCCUGGGCGACAAGGCCCUGCGGGAAGAGAUGGUUUUCCAGGCCAUCAAGGUAUUAAAGGAGAGAUGGGGGUGAUUGGAAUCCCAGGACCUCCCGGACAGCCUGGUUCCCCUGGAAAUAUUGGUUCCCCUGGAUUACGAGGUCACCCCGGUUUUGAUGGUCAAAAAGGUGAUUUUGGUGAUAUUGGACCUAAGGGAGAGCGAGGAGAUCCUGGUCAACGGGGGCCUGCUGGCAACAUGAGUGAUGUGGACAUGGACCAAAUGAAGGGAGAGAAGGGUGACCUCGGGGACAGAGGUAAACCUGGGGGGACAGGUCAAAAAGGACACCAAGGACAGCCCGGAGUACCGGGAAUGCCAGGGAAAGAUGGAUAUCCAGGUUCACCUGGACAGCCAGGUGAGAAAGGUGACCUCGGAGAACCAGGUGUACCAGGACGCGCAGGCACCCCUGGACUGAAGGGGCAUAUAGGAGAGAUGGGGCUUCCAGGAUUUUCUGGACCCAAGGGCACUAAAGGAACAAAUGGGACCCCAGGGCAUCCAGGAUUCCCGGGUUUGACCGGGGACAAAGGAGAGAAGGGGGAUGGAGGUCUGCCAGGUGUUGGGGUUCCAGGACCACCAGGCGAAAAGGGGCAAAAUGGUGAGCCAGGAUUUCCAGGAAGCCCAGGAGACAAGGGGCAUAAGGGUGCGAUGGGUAUCCCGGGAAUGCCAGGAAAACCAGGACAGAAGGGAGACAUUGGGUUCGAGGGUCACCAAGGUAGCCCUGGGCGGCCAGGUGAGAAAGGAGUCCCCGGGUUACCUGGUGGAGCAGGUGAACCGGGUCUGCAGGGGCGACCAGGGGAACCAGGUCUACAGGGCCCUUCGGGUCCACAAGGGGAGAAGGGAGAGCCUGGCAUAGACGGAAUCCCAGGAUCCUCAGGAGAGAGGGGAGAUCCAGGGUUACCUGGAAGAGGCUUCCCUGGAAACCCGGGUCAGGUCGGCAGUAAAGGUGACAAAGGCAGUCCAGGUUUUUCGGGAAUUCCAGGAAGCCCCGGUAUCCCGGGAACCAAGGGGGAUAAGGGUUACCCAGGCACCCUAGGGCAGCAGGGCCGGCCAGGGGAGCGGGGGCCCCCGGGGUCAUCCAUGGAGGGGCCCAAAGGAGACAGAGGGUUACCUGGGGAGCCUGGAGAGCAAGGCUCACCUGGGGCCCCGGGGCCCGCCGGAGUACCGGGACUGGCUGGCUCAAAGGGGGACAAAGGAGACCAUGGGUACCCGGGGCCUCCAGGACAAGAAGGACUCAAGGGGGAAAUAGGACCACCUGGUGCUCCUGGACAUACUGGACUGCCAGGAUUUAAUGGACCAAAGGGAGAAAUUGGACAGCCAGGCUUCCCUGGAUUCCAAGGGAUUAAAGGAGAAGCUGGAGCAGCUGGAGGGAAAGGAGAACUGGGAGACAGAGGUUUCCCUGGAGUGAAAGGAAACAUUGGCCCCCCCGGGCCCCAGGGACCCCACACAUUUAUCAAAGGGGACAUCGGCCUUCCUGGCCCCCGCGGACUGGAAGGCCCCAGAGGGUCACAAGGGUUUCCUGGAUCUAAAGGGCUGCAAGGUGUGACAGGACGGCAGGGUCCAAAAGGAGAGGACGGGCAGCCGGGGUACCAUGGUCGACCAGGCACCAAGGGAGAGCCUGGCCCCGUCGGCCCAGCGGGACCCAGAGGGUACACUGGCCCCCCAGGGCCCGACGGAGUGCCCGGUCAGGUGGGGCCACCCGGUCCCUCCUCCAUGGACCACGGCUUCCUGGUGACCCGACACAGCCAAUCGGUGGAUGUUCCUCAAUGCCCUGCGGGCACCGGCCUCAUCUACGAUGGGUACUCCCUCCUUUACGUCCAGGGCAACGAGAGGUCACAUGGGCAGGACCUGGGUACCGCGGGGAGCUGCUUGAAGAAGUUUAGCCCCAUGCCCUUCCUCUUCUGCGACAUCAACAACGUCUGCAACUUCGCCUCCAGAAAUGACUACUCCUACUGGCUGACCUCUCCCGAGCCAAUGCCCAUGAGCAUGGCGCCCGUUACCGGUGACAGCAUCAAGCCCUUCAUCAGCAGGUGUUCUGUGUGUGAGGCCCCUGCCAUGGUGAUCGCGGUCCACAGCCAGACCAUAAUGAUCCCCGCAUGCCCGAAUGGAUGGGACUCCCUGUGGAUCGGAUACUCCUUCGUCAUGCACACCAGCGCUGGUGCGGAAGGUUCCGGUCAGGCCCUGGCGUCCCCCGGGUCCUGCCUGGAGGAGUUCCGCUCCGCCCCCUUUAUCGAGUGCCAUGGGCGUGGCACCUGCAACUACUACGCCAACUCCUACAGUUUCUGGCUGGCCACCAUCGAGGACGAAGAUAUGUUCACGAAACCCGUUCCAACCACCCUGAAAGCUGGCAAUCUUCGAACUCACAUCAGCAGGUGCCAGGUGUGCAUGAAGAGAACAUAAUGUAGAAAUCGCUUUAUUUCUAUUUUAUUGUUUCAGGUUUUUUUUUUUUUUUUUACAAACGAUGGUGCUAUUUGGUGAAGAUAAAGACAGCUUUAUAGCAAAAAAAAAAAACAAAACACUUUAUUACAAAUAAUAGACGCUGUGUCCGGAGUUACAAGCCUAGUGAAUGCAGUGUUGAACGACAGGAUUACGAGCCGGGAGCCUGAACCUCUGGCGCUUCGCUCCCUUUCCAAACUACCGCAACGUUUCUUUGCUGAAUGGCACUUUGUUUAUUACUGCACUGACUGUAUCCGUAUGUAAGCAGGUGUCCAUUUUAAAGCUGUGUGUGUGAAUCCGGUGAUGUCCGCCACAUCUACCUUUUUGAUACGUGUCAUUCAUUUGAAUAAUUCCUUAACGUUUUACAGAUACCACUUACGUCCGCAUCAGUGUAAAGAUAUAAAUAUUUUUGUUUGUUUUGUAUUUGAAAGCUCUACUAAUGUUACGGCCUGCGUUGCCACUGGUUACAGGUGAUAGUCACUGAAAUAUGUUAGUGGGAUGAAGGUUGCCACAGCCAUCGCUGAUGGAACCACAAAGAGCCUCAGCUUCAUUGUAAAUAUGUUGCUUCCAAAGUGCGCAAUACACAGCCGUGUAAGAUGUUAGGCAAUUACAUUAAUUUGUGCGCAACAUGUUUUCAUUUUAACUUAGGGAGAAGAUAUGUAGGAUAUCAGUGCACACGAAAAGCAAAUGUUAAUCAGAAUCCGUCAAUCUACAGUGAAGUUUUCACGGUAGUAUAACACAACGUACACAGGCACAUAUUUAUUAUGGAAAAGUACUACAUGUUGCACACCUGAAGAGACAGUCCUGGAUCUCUUUUUUUCUAUGCAGAGUGUGUCAUGUGGUUGAGGCAGAAAGGGGUAGUAGGGAUUGAUGUUAGUUCACUUUCAGGUUUGGGAUAGUGUUAUUUUGUAUUUGAAAACAAUGUAACCCUAACCUCCCCUCCCACAUAUUAUGGCAUCCUGUGGAUAAUGUAGACCCUUCCAAAGUACAACCCCAGUGUUCCCUAGUAAUUGCCCUGUUAGGGAGUGAGAUGAAUCACAAGGUUAUGAGAACUUGGCUAUUGAGGGAACAACGGGGGUCUUUAAACAGGGCAGUUCUAUCACCGUGGUGACGAACAGCCACACUCCAAAGCCAAUAAUUUGGAUUAAAAUUGCCUGGUUCCAUGUGAAGUUCAUAUUGGACUAGGAUUCUGCCACAGUUCCUCUCUUACAAAAAACCCUCAACUUUCAGUCCCUGCAUUCCUUAAUUCAGUUUGGUCUCAUAUACAGGUUGCUUUUGUCUUCAGUGUUUUGUUGGCAAGAAAUAAAUGUAGACGUGAUACAAAUUAAACCAAAUAUAUGAUAUUUCACUUGAUUCCUGAAUUAUGCAAACUAAUUUCCAAUAAGUAUUGCUAGUUCAUUAUUAAUUUAUACAAUUAUUUAUAUACUGCUUUGGUAUUUUGCUUUUGUCGAUAUCUACUGCAUUUUAUUUAGAUUAUUAAUUAGUCCAUUGUUAGGCAGAGACACAUACAUAAUGUAUACAUUAUGUCUGAUUGGAGUGAAUUUUUGAGUUGUCAAUUUUUGUGACUUCAUGAAUUUGUCAUUGGUUGCCCAGGCCAGUGGCCCAGUACUCAGUGGUGAAGACAUUUCGCACAUUAAUUUAAUUUAGUAGCACUAUUCACACAUGUGCCUUUUUACAGUAGACUAGAGUACAGUACAGUAGGGUCACAGUUUAUGACAGUAAGUUCACAUGUGAGAAAGAACCAUUUGCACACCCGAUGAGCUAGUUUGGCAGAGAAAGUGGAGGAAAUGGCAUCCGUUAAAUCCAAAGAAAUUCCGUCAGCUGCUUCUUGCAAAAUAUGUACUUUUUAUUUCAAGUUAAUCAAAGAGCUGGCUACAGUUCCUCAGAACACUGAAAUAUUGUACUUCAGAUAAUUGUAACAAGGUUUUGCAAGAAGCGGAAUGCAGACAAUAUUUCCAUUUGUGCGAGAUAGUUGUAUGAACUUCAUCAUUCAGGUUUUGCUGUGUCUUGCUGUGAUUGUCAUCAUUCAGUAUUAAGAGGAGUUGCCAUCAUUUGUCAUGUCAUGUCUGUUUGUGUGUUUCUGUAUGUCACCGUCAAUCGAUGUAAGAGUGUACUCCAAAUACCAAGAGAUGAAUGCAGUUAAUUGGUGAAAUUGGAGAAGAUGGGUUUGUGGUGUAGUCUCUUAUUAACAAAAAUGGUCUUGUCAGCUUAUUUCUUUUCCUGCAGAAUCCAUACUGUGCAAUUCAUACAAUAAAUUAAUUUGUAUAAAAUGUCA